AUGUCCAUUUGUCUGGUUCCUGAGUGCCUGCUGCCCAGCCAGGAACCAGGACCAGCGGAGAGGCUCACUGCGUCGGCGGGAGCGCAAAAUGAGGAACCAUCAGGAAUUGAUCGUAUGGGCGUCGGUGCAUCCUUACUGUCUGAUACUAUACUUCAGUACUGCAGUAUGCACUCUAUCGAGCAGAGUAGUACUCUUUGUAUUUCAUCCGAGAGUACUACAACUGUCAAAGUGGUGUACUCCAUGCGCCUUGUCGGUGACUCGGUACCAACUCCGGUACGGAGUCGGCCGUGGUUGAUAGAAAUUCCCAGCCCAAACCGCAUGAACGGAUCCAUCGAUUAA